AUGCCGGCAAAGGACAAGAUCUUCAUCAAGGAUCUGAUGGUGCAGGCCAUCCUGGGCGUCAACAAGGAGGAACGCGUGAAGCGGCAGAACAUCAACAUCAGCAUCGUCAUCUUCCACGACAUCAAGCAGGCCGCCCUACACGACGACGUGCGGCACACCAUCAACUACAGCCUUGUCUGCAAGGCCGUCGUGGCCUACACCGAGGACUCGCACCACUACACCCUCGAGUCCCUCUGCUCCGGCAUCGCCAAGAUCUGCUGCGUUCAGUUCGGCGCCGCCGAGGCCAUCGUCCACGUCGAGAAGCCCUGCGCCCUCUCCCUCGCCCGAUGCCCCGCCGUCGAGGUCCACCGCACCCGCGACUUCUUCCUG